UUGACAUGUCGCCGACAUACAAGUUUCAAUUGGUACACAUGAUGACAAGUAUAUUUCUCUUUUCUCAUUCUAGCAAAUAUCAACACACAACUUGCUUCCUCUCCAUAUCGCCCUUUCACUUAAGCUUCAUUCCUAGAAAUUAAAUAUCUUCAAAACCAACACUUAUUUUUAGCAUACAUACCAUGGACAUGCAAAUUUCACAACCUAUACCAGAGGGGGAAGAACAAAACACAGCAAUGAUAAAAACUCCUUUAGACUCAGGGGAACCACCCCAUGGAGCUAUGUUCUUAGUCUUGGCUUAUCUCCCUUUAUUUGAACUUCUGUCUAUGACUCAAGUUUGCAGGUCAUUAAGAGAUGCUUUAAAAGAUGACAUACUGCCAUGGCUGAAUAUCGUUGUCGAAAAGCCAUUAAAUACUCGUCUUUCUGAUGAUUUUCUGGUAAAAAUGACGUCCAAGGCAAAUAGUCGUCUGAGAGUUCUUGCUCUCAUAAAUUGCUUUAAGAUAACGGAUGAUGGGCUUCUACAAGUCAUUGCCAGUAAUCCUCAUAUCAGCAAGCUCUAUUUACGAGGGUGCACAGGCUUAACCAUUGAGGGAGUACUUGGAGCGGUGAAGUUACUUACCAAGGGUAACCACAAGUUAAAGAGCUUAAGUAUUUCUGGCAUCUAUAAUGUGAAGAGAGAGGACUUUGAGACACUUGGUCAUCUAAUGGGUAUAAACCAGAUGCAAAAGAAAGAAGGAAAUAAGAACUUCAAGUACCACAGGCGAAGCGGAUUAUCCACAUUUGGACAAGAAUCUCAGACUUCAAUUGAUGUAGAUAUCUGUCCGAAAUGUGGCGAAGUAAGAGAAAUCUUUGACUGUCCUAGAAAUUCUUGUAUAAGGAGAAAGCAGCUUAUAGAGUGCAGGAGCUGCUUCCUGUGUGUCCCGAGGUGCGAAGAGUGUGGUGUAUGCACCAAAGAUGAAGAAGUAGGUGAAGCAGCUUGUGCAGAUAUACUGUGCUUGGAUUGUUGGCUUCAGCUUCCAAAAUGUAGUUUCUGUAACAAGGCAUACUGCAAUCAACAUGCUUACCAGCAGUCCCUAUAUCCCGACUCUUCAGGUUUUCUGUGCAGUGAUUGUAAAUUCCAUGCAACGCAAACUUCACAUGAUUGAGAUUGUUUAUAAUGCUGCAGAGGCGAUGAGAUGUAUUCUUUUUUUCGGUAAAUAAAAGUUUUUAUUACCAA